CUUUGCGCGUGUGUACGUAAUCCUAAGGGAAAAGUACGACACGCUGCGCCUGAUUUUGGUUUGUAGCGGGUUAGUUGAGAAGGAAAAAUAAGGUAUAAAGUGGGAGGAAUUGAGUUGCAUACAGAUCUGCUGCUUUGUCUACUUUCAACUUUCUUCAUCAAGCCUUUUGCUUGUUCUUUGGUGUGCGAUAUUGAAUGUUCCGACGCAGUGGCCAUUUUUUCCUCAAGGCUAGACCGAAAAACGUCAAUGUUGAACCAGGUUCCAACCGCUACUUAGAAUCUGGAGUCCUUGCCAGGGCGAAGGAUAUCUUCGCUGUGCCCGAUUUUCCAAAUAAAUCUGUCUUGCACAACUGGCGCUUCUUUAUCAAAGCAGGGAAGGCUGCCACGGGACCACCAGUAGGUCAAGAGUUUUCGAAACUUGGGCUUAAGGCUAUGGACUUCGCGAAGGCUUUCAAUGACCGCACGAAGCCCUAUUUCAAAGACGACAUUGACCUUAUUGUUCGUAUUCAGGUCUACUUUGAUAAAUCUUACCAGUAUCGCAUCGAGCCGCCCCCGACUGCGUGGUUUUUAUUGAGAGCUAUUCGCAAAAAGCGUGGUGAGACUGGUCCCGUAACGCUUCGAGGACACUACUGUGCACUUAUCACACUUGAAAUGUGUUACGAAAUCGCAAAGAUAAAGCAAAUAAGCUGGGGAAAAAUUGAGUAUCCGCCGAUUGAGGUACGUGUGCGGCGCAUCGUUGGGCAGGCUCGACGUAUGGGUAUUUGUAUUAUAGGUGUCGACACCGUAUAUAGUUCUCCGAUCAAAGGAUUAUCGGAGAAGCAGUAUAAUACAGAGUGUGAAAAGUAUCGUGCUAUUCACAUGGAUCAGUACAUGAAGUUCAAAGAGAAAGAACUGGCCGAGGCGCCCUUGAUUGAGCGCUUACAUCGUCCAAAUAUGUCAGCCUUAACAGACAAGCAGAUCGAGGAAGGCCUUGACGACGCAAAUUUGUUUAAUGCCUUAUGGCUUGCUUCUCAUUCAAACAGUGCGUAUAUGGAGAACAUAUCACAUCGCGAAACGGCCAGAAGGUAUUUGAAUGCUCACGGAUGGUUCAACGAUAUGACGGCGGAAGAAAUGCAGGGAGUUUUCAUGAAUCACGGUCUACCUCCCAAGGAGCGCCAGCGGCAGCUAGAACAGCAGAGUGAUGUAGACGGUGGACAGUUGUAUUGGUCAAGAGAUGGUGUACAACGAUAG